AUGCAGUCCCAAGCUGCCACAGCUGGGGGCUUCAAAGACCCCUUGAUUUGGGCCAACAAAGUCCAUUCCUUCCAGUUCCAACCUCGCCGUGGGAACAUCAACUGGCGGAGCAUUAGCGCCCUGGAUGUGGACCGUGUUGCCCGGGAGCUAGAUGUGGCCACUCUGCAGGCACAUGUCACUGGCAUCACCUUCUGCAACCUGGAGCAGGAGGUGUGCCUUCAGUGUGGGCAGGCAGUGGACCCAGCGCUGCUCAAGGUGCUGCGCCUGGCACAGCUCACCAUUGAAUACCUGUGGCAUUGUCAGGAUUGCCUGAGCACCAAGGUUGCCCAGCAGGAGGGGCAGCUGCAGGCCAGCUGGGACCAGCAGCAGCGUACCCAAGAGAGGAUGGACUGCCAGUGUGACAAGUUAAAGAAGGUGCAGGUGAAGAGCCACCAGCGUGGAAAGAUGAUUAACACUCUGCGGCAGCUGCUAAUGCAGAGAAAAACCCAAGGCCAUCACCAGUGUGACCUGUGUGACAAGGAGUUUGUCGAUGUCACCUCUCUCCGGGGCCAUAUCCAGCGCAGGCAUGCAGACAUGGCUGAAAGUGGAAAACAGAAGAAGCAGGAAGUACUCAUAGAGGAGCUUCAGGCCAAACUGCAGUGGACCCAAGAGAAGCUGGAAGCCCAGAGGGAGGCCGAGAGACAGCGACAGCUCCAGGAAUCAGAAGUUGCUCGUCAGAGGGAAAUUGAGGCUAAAAAGACAUUUGAGGAUUGGAAGGAAAAAGAGAGAGACAAACUUCAUGAUGAGCUUAACAAGUUUAAAAUAUCCUUGAGGGAAAAAUUCAAAAGGGUUGCCAAUCUCAGCUCUAUGCUAGAACAGAAAAUGCGUGCACUGGAGUCCCACCAUUCCAUCGAAUCCAGUUUCGUAUUGUUGAUGGAGAAGAUAUGUGAGGAGCGAAUCCAAAGUAUACAGGAGACCACAGCCUUGAGAGACAAGUUGACACUCCAGGUUCAGAAUGAGAUUCAGAGGCAGACUUCCCUCUUAGAUUAUAGAAAGUCAGUUGCUCAACUGGAACACGAGAUCUCCUUCCUUCAAGACCAGAUUCAGAGACAAGAAAGGUUCAUGGCCUCCCCAGGGCUCCCAGAAGAUGAUGCAAAACCCCUGACCAGCAUUUUCCUUCAGAUUCUGGUCCUGCAGACCCUGACACCCAGAGGUCCCUGCAGAUAUUUGACUGAUCACCCAUGCUGUGCCCAACAGUUGCAGAGCGAGAUCCAGAGUCUCCAGGCCUCCCUGCAAGAGAACCAGAGGCAGGCAGUUGCCCAGAAUGAGCUGAUCAACACCCUCCAAGCUAAUCUGCAGCAACAAACCAGGCUCAUCAACUCCUUAAAAAGGAAG